GCCUUGCCACGUAAAAACAAGAUUGGACGUGGAUGUAGCAGCCGUCAUCGGUUUUAUCACUUUAUUGACACGUCAACUAAUCACAACGGUAUUUGAUAAAAGCGUGAAUCUAGAAGCAAAUGUGGUGCCUUGACCUGAAAGUGAUUGGACUAUUGACCAUGUGACCUUGUCCAUAUCACCUGUCAUGUGAAAAACAUCAGAGGAUCCCCAAGUCCAAGAACCUACCAACCAACUAAAGUAGUUUGGAGGAAAGGUGUAACAGGGGUUGGAGGGAAACAUACCCUGGACCAGAUGAGAACUUUGAUACAGACAGGGAAAUACUGAAGCGUGUACCUCUCGGGCUAUUUGGAGGUAGCCCCGAUUCUGGGGCGAGUCGUCACCGGACCUGUUGGUCACCAUAGAUCCCUCUGAAGUCAGUGUUCCCCUGUCUGGUGUAUCGGACAUUGAUCAUUACACCAAGAUGGGGCAAACUCCCUGGUCAGCGGUCAUUAACCUCAGUAACAGCAUCAUAGGGGUCAGUGUUCUGGCCAUGCCUUGGUGUUUCAAAGAGUGUGGGGUGGUUCUUGCCAUAUCUCUGCUUAUUAUUACUGGUAUCGUCAACAAGUUCAGUUGCAAUCUGCUUCUGAGAUCAAGUAAAGCUACCAGGAAAACUUCUUAUGAAACUGUUGCUCACCAUACCUUGGGUGGCAUGGGAAAACUUUCUGUAGAAGUUAGUGUAAUCUUAUUAUUGAUGUGUACAUGCAUAGCUUUCUUUGUUAUAAUUGGUGAUCUGGGCCCAUCGUUGGUGUCUAAAUUUGCAGGUAUUGAGAACACCUCAAACCUGAGAACAUUUAUUCUGCUUGGAACAGCCGUCUUCAUCAUCUUGCCUUUAGCUCAGAAGCGGAAUGUUGAGAGUCUGAGUGCUCUUAGUACGAUAUCCAUCUCCUUUUAUUUCUUCUUUGCCACAAGUGUAUUUGUUGACUGUAUUCCUAGGUUAAUUUCAUUGGAGUGGGUGAAUAAUGUAGCUUUUUGGAGACCAGCAGGGGUUCUAAAAGGAAUGUCCAUCUUUGCCUUGUCUAUGUGUUGUCAACCAACGUUAUUUGCUAUUUAUAAUUCUCUCCAAGAGAGAACCCCAAAGAUGAUGGAAGAUGUAGUAUCCAAGGGAGUCAACCUGGUUGCAUUUGUCUACAUGGUGAUUGGUUUCUUUGGGUACAUCACCUACUAUACGGAAGGUAUCAAAGGUGACAUUCUUCUAAACCAACCCCCUUCAUUGAUAUCUGAUGGGUUAAAGCUCUGCUUUGCCCUCUCCGUAGCACUCAGCUUUCCUCUGUGUGUGUUUCCAUGUCGGGCAAGCCUCUUCUCACUGCUCUGCCCAAAUGCAGAUUGUAACCCCAUCACCGGUAUGACCUACAUUCCUCCUACAAUGUUUAGAAUCAUCACAGUAGUUAUCUUAGCCAUCACACUUACCAUCGCCAUCCUUAUACCAAAUGUUGAGGUUGUAUUGAGUUUGACUGGAUCCACCAUGGGUUCGUUGGCUUGUUUUAUAUUACCAGCUCUCAUCUACCAGCAUACAGUAGGCGUCCCAACAAGAUUCAUGCCAAAGGUAUUACUCAUCAUCGGCAUCUGUUUCAUGCUGUUCAGCACGUAUGACAACGUCCGCCCCGCCCCACAGGAUCCCAACAUUCCUGCCCCUGUGCCGGUCUUUAAUAAACCCGACGACAUUCCAAUCAAUAAGCUUGAUGAGGUUCCAAUAGAGAAGGUGGCUGAGAAGCCGGGCGAUGGCUUGGCCAAUGUGGUAGAUAAAAUUGGAUUACAAGGAGAUGACAUAAAUAAAGAGAAGGAUAAAGAGUUAAAUGUUGCUGAUAUUAUGGCUGUUAAAGAUACAGGAGAACAAUCAAAAGAAAAAGACAAAGGAGAUGAAGCGAAGAGGCAGGAACCGCCUAUUCCUCAUGCACCUAUAGAGGGCGUUUUACCAGAUACUAAAGACAAGGCAAAUGAAGAUGUGAAAGAAAAGAAUGAAGUUCAGUUGGAAGUUCCUGACAAAAAGGUGGAAAAGGACGAAGCAGCAGAAGAAGAAGAAGUUCCCAAAGAGAAGCAUAAAAAGCACAAAGAUAAGGAAGCCGAGGGGGAUCGAGACGAACGUGAUUUAGGUGAUGCUGAUGAUGCCAAGAAAGAUUCAAAGGAUAAAGAGAUUGCUGAAGAGACAGAAGAAAAGUUCAAGGUUCAGGAAGAAAAACAGGAAAAACAAGAGAAAAAGCUUGAAGAAUUACAGGCUCGUCAAGUAAUCCAAGAGAGACUGAUCGUCAAACAGGCCGAGGAGAUCGAUCAACUCAAGAAAGAACACGAACAAGAAAAACAAAAUGACGAAAAUGCAGCUGCCCAGUUGGCUGCUCAGCAAGCUGUAGGGCAAGUACCACAGCAGCCAGUUGUGGGUGGUGUUCAACAACAACAACAACAACAACCUGUGGCAGCUCAGCAAGUACCAGGUGGACAACCAGUGAUUGGGCAACCAAUAGACGGGCAAGUCGGUGAUCAGCAAGCAGCACUUGGACAACUUGGGGUACAACAACAGCAACCCUUGGCAGGGCAAGUUCCUGUACAACCUGUGGUACAAGCGGCCGGACAACUACCAGUGGUGCAACAACCUGCUGGACAAUUGCCCUUGGCACAGCAAGCAGUCGGUCAGCUUCCAGUCGCACAACAAGCGGCCGGUCAGCUUCCAGUUGUACAACAAGCGGCUGGACAACUUCCUGUUGCACAAGGGGCUGGACAACUACCAGUUGUGCAACAAGCAGCUGGACAACUUCCAGUUGUGCAACAAGCUGCUGGACAACUUCCAGUUGUGCAACAAGCUGCUGGACAACUUCCUGUUGUGCAACAAGUGCCAGGUCAACUUGCAGGGCAACAACAACAACAAAUUCAAGGACAAUUCGCACAACAGCAACUGGCAGCAGGACAGCAAGGUGUUCAGGUUGGUAUGCAACCUGUAGCAAAGAUGGUUAGCAUGUUUCCGCAAGGUGGUGGUGGCAUGGGGCAAAACUUGGCAAUACAACAACAGGGUGGAGUAGUAGGAGGGCUCCAGCAUGCUGGUGUAGAGGGCAUUAAUCAGGUAGCAGGCAUAGAUGGAGUACCACCACAACAGCAGCAACAACAACUGAUGCAGGGAGGGGUGGGACUACAAGGUAUCCAACUUGAUGGUGCUGGCAUGCAAGCUGCUGUGGGUGGUGGUGGUGGUGCACUUGGGCAAGCUAACAUUUUACAACAAGCAAAUGUACCUCAACAGGUUCCUCUUGCUUUACAGCAGCAGCAACAAUUAUUACAACAGCCACAACAACAGCAACAACUCCUGCAACAGCAGCAACAGCAACUCCUACAGCAACCACCACAACAGCAACAACAGGUACUUAUGCAGCAACAACAACCAGUUCUUGUAGAUCAACAGGUUCCUCUACAACAGAACCAGCAACCUGCUAUGCAGGUCUUGCCCGAUGCUGAUGAUGGUUUGCAGGGUGGUGUUGCUGCCAUGGGACAGCAACCCCUACAACAACAGGGUAUGGUCCCACCAGGUGAUGGUAUGGCCAAUGCUGGAUUUGUGAAGCAGGCCCAGGGUGGUGCCAUGGUGGAUGGUGGUGUACCGCAACAGCCGCAGCACGUAGAGCCAGCGGAUAAGAUGAUUAAAUCGGUGGAUAAAGAUGCCGUUUUAGAACCUGGGAACGAUCUGAACCUGGCUGGCAUUCAACAGAGAGUCCUCAAUCAAGCCGAGGCUGAUGGAGAGAAGGAAAGCGAAAAACAAGCAAAAGAAGAAAGAGAAGAGGAGAAGCAUGGAGAGAGUGAUGGUGUGAUACAAAUUGUAGGGGAGGAGGAGAAGGAGGAGGAGGAUGAAGGGAACGGAGGAGGGGAUGGUGAUGCAGUCCCAAACCUGGAGGAAGCGAAGGGUGUGGCCGUUGAAGAGGAGAAGAAGGUCGAAGACCAGGAUCUAUUAAGAAUAGAAGAUAAACAAAGGGAGGGUGAUGCGGAAAGGGACAAUGACGGAGAGAACGAAAACAAAGAGGAGGAGGAAGAAAAUGAAAGGAACAAUAAAGCACCUGAGGAUGAAUCAGAACACGAAGCCCAGAUCGAGAAGGUGGAGGAUAAACUCUUGGCGAACCAUUUGAAGAUGGUUGAGGAUAAAGAGGAAGAGUUUGCUGAUCAGGAGGAUGUUUUUGACGUCAAAGAGAAGGAUGGGGAUGAUGAGGGCAAGGUCGAGAUGAACCAGGAACAAAACGAUCUCGCCAAGGAUAAGAAGAAAAUUCGAAGUAGAGAGGAAGUCUAGGCAGACAGAGGAUAAAA